GAAACGUAUUCACUAUAAGCUGGGGUUAUGUUUGAAUCAAUUUGAGAGUGACAAAGUGCGACAACGGAUGUAACUGCAUCGUGCAUAGGUGUAUACAGAAUCGAAAGAGUAUCUGUCCAAGGUAUGAAUAAAAAAAAUUUCAUUGUUUUUGUUUUGCCACAACGUAGACAGAGCCGCAUCCACAUCAUACGGCCGCCUCAUGACUCUGGCUAUAGCAAAUUGAGAAUGCUCAUAAUUGGAUUAGUGCUAUUCAUUGACUGACCGAUUAAUGCAUCAGCCUGGUGAAAUAUGCAAAAAGUCGGCAAUAACCUGUACGUGAUAUGCCAUUUGUGGGUGUUCCUCGGUCUGCUGGCUCAGGGAAUCUCACAGAAGCACUACACACGGGCGCGCAUGUUGGAGCUGCGAGAGGAUGUUCGGCGUAUGUUCCAGCACGCUUACGACGGCUAUCUGACGCACGCCUCCAACUAUGACGAGCUACGCCCACUCACCUGCGACGGCCACGACACCUGGGGCAGCUACUCGCUUACGCUAAUCGAUGCCUUGGACACAUUGGCCACUAUGGGCAACUUCACCGAGUUUCAGCGAGUCUUCACUCUGCUCACAAAAAAGAUGAACUUCGACCGGGACAUCAACGUGUCCGUCUUCGAGACUAACAUCCGUAUCGUGGGUGGUCUGCUGUCCGCCCAUCUGCUGUCGCGUCGCGCUGGCGUCGCGCCGGAGCCGGGCUGGCCCUGCCAGGGUCCAUUGCUGCGCAUGGCCGAGGACGUGGCCCGACGCCUGCUGCCGGCCUUUGACACCAACACGGGCAUGCCCUACGGCACGGUGAAUCUCCGCUACGGUGUUCCCAAGGGCGAGACUCCAGUGACUUGCACAGCCGGUGUGGGCACCUUUCUCGUCGAGUUCGGCACGCUGAGCCGCCUAACCGGCAACAAAAUCUACGAGGAGGUGGCGCUGCAGGCCGUGUACGCCCUCUGGGAGCACCGAUCUCCCAUCGGCCUCUUCGGCAAUCACAUUGACGUACAGAGCGGCCGCUGGACAGCCCUUGACUCGGGCAUCGGCGCGGGCGUCGACUCCCUAUUCGAGUAUCUGGUAAAGGCCGCUAUACUGCUCAACCGGCCGGAGCUUCUCGAGCUCUUUCACGAGGCGCGAGCCGCCAUCGACAAGUACAUGCGCAAGGAGGACUGGUACGUGUGGGUAGGCAUGAACAAGGGCCACGUCACUCUGCCAGUCUUCCAGUCGCUCGAGGCCUUCUGGCCCGGCAUCCUCAGCAUCAUCGGCGACACGGAGCCGGCCAUGCGCACCAUCGUGCGCUACAUCAGCGUGUGGAAGAAGUACGGGUUUUUGCCCGAGUUCUACAACAUUGCCGCCGGCGAGGCGUCCCCUGAUCGCGAGGUCUACCCCCUCCGCCCGGAGCUAAUAGAGUCGGCAAUGUAUCUGUAUCGAUCCACCAAGAACGAGUACCUGCUCGAGCUUGGAGAGCGGGUGCUGGAAUCGCUCGAGUUCAGUGCCAAGACCAAGUGUGGGUACGCAACGAUUCGCAAUGUGCUGACGCAUGAGAAGGAGAACCGGAUGGAGUCGUUCUUCCUGGCUGAGACGAGCAAGUACCUGUAUUUGCUCUUUGACAGUGACAACUUUCUGCACAGCGACGGGGCCCAGGGUGAGCUGGUAGAAACGGAGGAGAACGCGUGCGUCGUACAGGCGGGCGCCUACAUUUUCAACACGGAGGCACACCCCAUGGACAUGUCGGCCCUGCACUGCUGCCACGACCACAAUGAGGAUAUAUUCGGCUCCCUGGACCUGCAGGGGCUCAGCGCCAAUGCGAUCUUCAAGCGCAGUCGCGAGCAGCAAAUGGUCGAACAAGAGCACUGGGUGCCUCAGUGCCAGUCGCAGGACUUUCCCAACUACGAUGAGGAGCCGAUCCCCGAUCGAGACCGGGAUCGGGAUAGGGACCAGGAAAAGGGCAAACACUCCACCACCAUGGCCGUAGACAUCGAGGUUUUCGACGAGUUUGAACAACCGGUGGGGGAUGUGCUGAUCAAGGUGCUGCGGAACCAGCUGACCGUCAGGGACCUAGAUGAGUUCUUUGCCCGCCGCCGAGAGAACUUUGCUAGCGCCACAGACGCCCUCAACUAUGUGCUGGCCUUCAUGGGCAAGUUUACGAUGGAUGUGGCAUUCAUCCGGGGCCUGCAGCUGUUCGACAGCAACAUCAGCAACUUCAUCGGAGCGGGUGCUCAGAAGGAGUAUGAGGAGCGCAUGCGGUCCUUGUGGGAGCUGUACGAUCUGGAGCAGCAGUACGCGGCCAAUGUCCUACUCGUUCAGCACCUCCAGCUGCUUAGCUUCCAGACCGACGGCGAGGUGAUGCGCACUCAUCUGGCCGAGGUGCUAGACGGUCUUGAUCGACAGCAGGAUCCUCUGCACACUCAGUUGGAGAUUGCAGCCUUGGCGGACUCCUUCUCGCAUGCGAACUCAACUCCGCAAGUAGGCGACAUCGACCAAGCUAUCCUCAAGGCCUGCAUCGGCUACGAGAUAGCCCUGAUGAACACCACCGCCAUACAGGCGUUUGUACAUCGCAUCUACCUCAUGGGCACCAAAAAGGCGGCGCCCAGCUUUUCCCCACUGCUCGAUCCUGUCGAGCUAGGCACCUUGAAGGUCGUCCAACUGAAGCCCCCCGAACAGCGAGAGCUAUUCAAGUACACGCGGCGCCUCGUGACUUUCCGGAAGCGGAUGUCCGAGACGGUGGACCGCCUGCAAACCCUCAUGCAAAAAUUGACGCCGACCAAGGAGAAGGCCGUAGCUGUGGCGACAGCAACUGCUCAGCCGGCUGUUGUCCCAGUGGAGGCUCCGCCAGCGCCUAACACUAACACUGAAGUCAGGGAAAAGGCUGUGCAGCCUGAGCUGAAGCAGCAGAAGGAAUCAAAGGAGCAAGAGGUGGAUUCUGAAGAGGGAUCGGUGUGGUCACAGUUUGUGCAGACCAUACUGCGUAAGACCACUGUGCAGCGCGUGAAGUUCGACGAGGCGCUGCUGCAGGAGAAGACCCGUAAGGCGCUGGAAAAGCACUCCCACGACGAGAGCCCCCGUGAGCUUUUCACCUGUCAGCGCCCCGAGUUUAUCGAACAGUUCGCGUACCGAGAGUUCUACCCCGUGACGUAGUAGGGAGCUGCCUAGUUAUCGUCCUGGACAUUCACCACGAAAACUAAACACGACUGAUCUGUAGAUAUGUAUUUACUUAGUUAGAAGGUAUUCACAUCAGAACAUCUGAAUAGUUAUGUUAUCAACCCAACUCAACGCGUAUCUAUUGGAUAUAUAGAUAUGCUGUCUGCCUAUAAUCUGCGACUGCAUAGAUAAAUUCCUUAAUUCCAUUCCUGUUUAGUUUUCACAAUAAGGUUGAUAAGAUCAUUAAUAACAUGGGAGGGCUCUGUUCAAAGAUUGAUUGAUUGAUGAAAUUUUGUAUUUUCCACUCAGGCUGAUCCCCUCUAGACUCAACUAAAUUCUAGUUUAAAUUGAAUUCUGUUAAAUGUUAAAGGAAAACGUGCGAGUGCUUUGAGCGUUCCAAGGAUCUUUGGUUUAAAAUUGGUAAAUGUUGCAUUUGGAAUCUGUAUAUAGGGAAAUGGCUGAGGCUACAACCAAUUUGUUAGCGAACUUCCGAAUAAUUUCGGAUGUUGAUGCUAUUCAGAAUUUUAAAUUGGGAUUAAAAACUGAUAUUGAUACACCUAA